ACUCGCGCAGUGGCACCAGCCUUCCACCAGGGAGCCUCGAACGAGCUCUCCCGCCCUCUCCCCGCCCCCCCACCCCCAUCUGCAGCUUGCUGGCUCUCUCUUUCUCCCUCUCUGUCUCACUCUCUCUCUUUCUCUCCCUCUCCUAUCGGAGCACAAUGAAAGCCUGUGUAUCGCCGUGACUCCGGGCGGGAGCCAGUGUCAGCAAAGCGGCUAACAACAGACGAGAAAGAGAAAGGAAAAUACAAGCUACUUUUUUUUUUCCAUCUAUAAAGCGGAGCAAACACAGGAGAUAGAACCACAUUGCUUAUUGCGAGUCCAGACCCUCAGAUCCACUGGCCGGGGAUGGAAUGUACAAAAGUGGACAGAAAAGUGGCUGGACAUGACUCGGUGCAAUUUGCUGGAAGUUUGUAAGUUUGACCAUCGUUUGUAAAUUACUCUCGGAAGAGUUUGUCUCUCUUGAUACUGUAUUAGAAUAGAGCCGGGGGUGAGGAAUAGAAACGUAAGCGGGAAAGAAAAAAAUGUGUUGAAGGAUCUCUCUCAGUGGCUAGCGACUUAAGAUUGCUUUUCAUUUAAGGCUAGGAAACCUUAGAGGGAGUGAGGAUUUUACCGGUGAUUGGAUUAGCUGAAGAAAAAAGCAUGGUCCAAAAGUCCAAUUACUGACAUUGUUAACAGUUGAAAAGCUGUCUCCCUCUUUUGGGAGAAGACAACAUCCUACAGUACCCCAAAGAGGAGAAAACACCGGAGCGAAAGGAAAGGGAGGAAAAAUUAAAAGCCAAAAGACAGUCUCCCUUGAUUUUUGCACAUUUUGAACAGUGACUUAAACAUCUUCUGAAACAGCACUGUUUUGUUUUGUUUUGGUUUUUUAUUUAACCUGAGGAAAAGUCAAGGCUGCUGGUUACAUAGACAUGGUAGAAAUGUGUUUCUCUGCAGAAACAUCCCCAUAAAGAAUUGUCGGAAACAACUAGGUGAGGGGGAGUCCUCUCUAUUAAUACCUCUCUCAAUACCUUUUGCUGUGUGUUUCUGUCUCUUGCUGGACAAUCCCUGAAUUCUUGAUCUAACCCCUAGAUCGUGUGUUUACAAAGUACCUAGUGGCUCUUGUCAGCUUGGUGGGGGGAAAAAUCCACCAACUCUGUCCAACUUCUCCAGAGCUGUCAAAUGCAAUUAGAGUAAGUUAAUCAGGGUUUGUUUCCAACUUAUCCUCCCCCCAGUUGGUUUCUAUUCUUUCUCCCCACCCUCUUUUUACUAACUCCCCUCCCCCACACCUUCUCCACGGCUCCCCCACAACCUCUGAAGACCUCUAUUCAUGUGGCCCUGAACACUGAGCUCACAUUGUCAAAAACAGACUUGCCUGCAAUAGCCAGCAGUAACCUCUUUCCACCUCACCAUCCCAGAGGCAGCAAUCAUUGUGUCCAGUAAGAUGGGGGACACAGCGCCCCCGCAGGCCCCCGCAGGAGGGCUAGGGGGGGCCUCUGGGGCGGGGCUCCUUGGAGGGGGCUCAGUCACCCCGAGAGUGCACAGUGCUAUCGUGGAGCGCCUCCGGGCUCGGAUCGCUGUCUGCCGCCAACACCACCUGAGCUGUGAAGGACGCUAUGAACGAGGUAGGGCCGAGAGCUCAGACCGGGAAAGAGAAAGCACCUUGCAGCUCCUGAGCCUUGUACAGCAUGGCCAGGGGGCAAGGAAGGCUGGCAAACACACCAAGGCCACCGCCACUGCUGCCACCACUACAGCCCCUCCACCGCCCCCUGCUGCCCCUCCUGCGGCCUCCCAAGCAGCAGCAACAGCAGCCCCACUGCCCCCACCAGACUAUCACCAUCACCACCAGCAGCACCUGCUGAACAGUAGCAAUAAUGGUGGCAGUGGUGGGAUAAACGGAGAGCAGCAGCCACCCGCUUCAACCCCAGGGGACCAGAGGAACUCAGCCCUGAUUGCGCUCCAGGGUUCCUUGAAAAGAAAACAGGUAGUUAACCUAUCUCCUGCCAACAGCAAGCGACCCAAUGGCUUUGUGGACAACUCAUUUCUUGAUAUCAAAAGAAUUCGUGUUGGGGAGAAUCUCUCUGCAGGACAAGGUGGCCUCCAAAUAAACAAUGGACAAAGUCAGAUUAUGUCAGGGACCUUGCCUAUGAGCCAAGCACCCCUGCGAAAGACUAACACUCUGCCAUCCCAUACACAUUCUCCUGGCAAUGGCCUGUUUAACAUGGGCUUAAAGGAGGUAAAGAAGGAGCCAGGAGAGACUCUGUCUUGCAGUAAGCACAUGGAUGGCCAAAUGACCCAAGAGAAUAUUUUUCCUAAUAGGUACGGAGAUGACCCUGGAGAACAAUUGAUGGAUCCUGAGCUGCAGGAACUGUUCAAUGAACUGACCAACAUAUCUGUGCCUCCCAUGAGUGACCUUGAACUGGAGAACAUGAUCAAUGCCACCAUAAAGCAGGAUGACCCAUUUAACAUUGACUUGGGUCAGCAAAGCCAGAGGAGCACACCUAGGCCCUCCUUACCCAUGGAGAAAAUAGUGAUCAAAAGUGAAUACUCACCGGGCCUGACUCAGGGCCCCUCAGGCUCUCCUCAGCUGAGGCCCCCAUCAGCUGGCCCCGCAUUCUCCCUGGCCAACUCUGCCCUCUCCACUUCGUCUCCAAUCCCUUCAGUCCCUCAGAGCCAGGCUCAGCCUCAGACAGGCUCAGGAGGAGGCCGGGCCUUGCCAAGCUGGCAGGAAGUAUCCCAUGCCCAGCAGCUCAAACAGAUAGCUGCUAAUCGUCAGCAGCAUGCCCGGAUGCAGCAGCACCAGCAACAGCACCAGCCUACCAACUGGUCAGCCUUGCCGUCUUCUGCUGGACCAUCACCAGGUCCAUUUGGGCAGGAGAAAAUCCCCAGCCCUUCUUUUGGUCAGCAGACAUUCAGCCCACAGAGCUCCCCCAUGUCUGGGGUAGCUGGCGGCAGCAGCCAGUCGAAAGUAAUGGCUAACUACAUAUACAAGGCUGGCCCCUCAGCCCAGGGUGGGCACCUGGAUGUGCUCAUGCAGCAAAAGCCUCAGGAUCUCAGUCGAAGUUUUAUUAACAACCCGCACCCAGCCAUGGAGCCCCGUCAGGGCAACACCAAGCCUUUGUUUCAUUUUAACUCAGAUCAAGCGAACCAGCAGAUGCCUUCUGUUUUGCCUUCCCAGAACAAGCCUUCUCUGCUACACUACACCCAACAGCAGCAGCAGCAACAGCAGCAGCAGCAGCAGCAGCAGCAGCAACAGCAACAGCAACAGCAGAGUUCAAUUUCAGCUCAACAACAGCAACAGCAACAGCAGCAGAGUUCAAUUUCAGCUCAACAGCAGCAGCAGCAGCAACAACAGCAGCAGCAGCAGCAGCAACAACAGCAACAACAGCAGCAACAGCAGCAGCAGCAGCAGCAGCAGCAACAACCAUCUUCUCAGCCCGCCCAAUCUCUACCAAGCCAGCCUUUGCUAAGGUCACCUUUGCCACUUCAGCAAAAGCUCCUACUUCAGCAAAUGCAGAAUCAGCCCAUCCCAGGAAUGGGAUACCAAGUCUCCCAACAACAGAGACAGGAUCAACACUCUGUGGUAGGCCAGAACACAGGCCCCAGUCCAAGUCCUAACCCCUGCUCAAAUCCAAACACUGGAAGUGGUUACAUGAACUCCCAGCAAUCACUGUUGAAUCAGCAAUUGAUGGGAAAGAAGCAGACUCUACAGAGGCAGAUCAUGGAGCAGAAACAGCAACUUCUUCUCCAGCAGCAGAUGCUGGCUGAUGCGGAGAAAAUUGCUCCACAAGAUCAGAUAAACCGACAUUUGUCAAGGCCACCUCCAGAUUAUAAAGACCAAAGAAGAAAUGUGGGCAAUAUGCAAACAACUGCUCAGUAUUCUGGUGGCUCAUCCACAAUAAGCUUAAACUCUAACCAGGCUUUGGCAAACCCAGUUUCAACACACACCAUUUUAACUCCCAAUUCCAGCCUCCUGUCUACUUCUCAUGGGACAAGAAUGCCAUCAUUAUCUACAGCAGUUCAGAAUAUGGGGAUGUAUGGAAAUCUGCCUUGUAAUCAACCUAGCACAUACAGUGUCACUUCAGGAAUGAAUCAAUUGACCCAACAGAGAAACCCAAAGCAAUUGAUAGCAAAUCAAAACAACCCUAUGAUGCCACGGCCACCUACCUUAGGGCCAAGUAAUAAUAACAAUGUAGCCACUUUUGGAGCUGGAUCUGUUGGUAAUUCACAACAAUUGAGACCAAAUUUAACCCAUAGUAUGGCAAGCAUGCCACCACAGAGAACAUCAAACGUAAUGAUCACAUCCAACACAACUGCACCAAACUGGGCCUCUCAAGAAGGAACAAGCAAACAGCAAGAAGCCCUGACGGCUGCAGGAGUCCGCUUCCCCACAGGUACACCUGCAGCCUAUACCCCAAAUCAGUCACUGCAACAGGCAGUAGGUAGCCAGCAAUUUUCCCAGAGGGCAGUGGCUCCUCCUAACCAGUUAACACCAGCAGUGCAAAUGAGACCCAUGAACCAAAUGAGCCAAACACUAAAUGGGCAAACCAUGGGUCCCCUCAGGGGUCUGAAUCUCAGACCCAAUCAGCUAGGCACACAGAUUUUGCCUAAUUUGAAUCAGUCAGGAACAGGGUUGAAUCAGUCGAGGACGGGCAUCAACCAGCCACCAUCCCUGACGCCCAGCAAUUUUCCUUCACCCAACCAAAGUUCCAGGGCUUUUCAAGGAACCGACCACAGCAGUGACUUAGCUUUUGACUUCCUCAGCCAACAAACUGAUAACAUGGGCCCUGCCCUAAACAGUGAUGCUGAUUUCAUUGAUUCUUUAUUGAAGACAGAGCCUGGUAAUGAUGACUGGAUGAAAGACAUCAAUCUUGAUGAAAUCUUGGGGAACAAUUCCUAAAGAAGAAAGGGAAGACAAUUUACAAACCCCAAGCACUAAAAGGCAGUAUUUUACAGAAACUCUGUAGAGGCUGAACUGUUGAUGUUCAGGUGGACUACGUGAAGAUAACUUGCUUAAAAAUGGAAAGCAGAAAGUAACUGCAGUGAUGAACAUUUUGGUCCAAAUUCUUGUUUUAAAUCUUACACCUGAAAGUAAAACAUUGGGAUCACUUUUCCCUGUCUAAACUCCAGGACACAGUAUCCAAUUUAUCCAAACAGAACUGUGGUGUCAAUGUGUAAUUAAUUGUGUAAAGUAGCCUUCCCAAGUUUCUUUUUCCCUGGAAAAUAAAAAAGGUAAUAGAACUUGUAGUUUAUUUAAACCCCAUGUCAUGAGGAGGUACUAGUUCCAAGCAACAAACUCCUUAAUUUGCUCUAAUAGAUAGGUGUGGUUUAAUCUUUCCACUGUGUCUUUUCAUUUAAUUUUCCUGAAGCUUGCAGGAUAGAUUGAAAUGUUGUAGGUUUGUUUGGAGUAACCAAACAGUAUGCAAAUUAAGAAGAAGCCAGAGAACCUAGAAAACAUCCAGUGGAUUACAGAAUUUCUUCCCCAUAUUCACUCCUCACUUUUGCAAUUUUCCCACAAUCCUCUACUUCAGUGGGAUGCCGUGUCUAGUGAUUAAACAAAAAUAUAGAGCUGUGCAAUUUGAUUUUGGCUUCCACAACGAAUAUCUGAAUCCAUUCCAAAUGAAAUUUUAGAUAUAACAAAGACUUGUCCUAAUCAUACUGAAAUAUUGGUGCACACCUCUCUGCAUUGGAUUUCACUUUUUUAAAAAACCCAGUGGACAUUGCUAUAAAUAAGAUUUAUUUGGCUACAAAUAACCUGGGAUGUUGCUUAUUAUGAUUGAUGCCUGCUGGUUUGUUCCCAAGCUGAGUGAAAUUAGGCUUCAUCCUCCCUACUCAUUUUGAUGACUGAGGCUGGUUUAUAAGAAAAGGAAGUUUGGAGAAUAAAAUCGAGAUUAGAAAGUAUCAUGUUUUGCUUGGAGAUAAGAACCAGGAGUGGCAAGUACCAGUGCGUACAAAUGUAUUUCACGAAGUUUGAAGGAAAGCGUAAUCAAGAGGGAAAACAAUUUGUCCUUCAUUGGACGUAUUAUUUGGAUUUGGGUGAGCAGCAAAAUGAAAUGUGGUCUGUUAAGAGCAUUCUGUUUGUUCUUCUGUCCCUGAUGUGAUGAAUCAUUGCCACAUGCUAGAUGGACUUCAUAUCCAGGUUUUGUCCCUCAGGGCUGAGCACCGUAUUAAAGAGUUUUUGUUGAGUCAUUUAACCUUAGUGUCCACAUACAGAUCAGCUGUAAAAUGGGGAAGACGUGUGCUGAUUUGGAAUGAAUGCAACAUAUCACUAUUAUUUUCCUAAUUACAGAGGAGCAAAGGUUAUCUUCAGCCCUUUCAGUUCUAUGCUCAAAUAUUCAAAUAUCAAAUGUAAUUUAGCUGAAGUUAUUUAAUAACCAAGUCUUUCAAUAUCUGUUCAAAGAAAAAGAACACACUUUGAAAAUUCUGCAAAGCUCUCUCCCAGUCUUUAAAAUGUCUAGAAGCACUCUGCUUCUUUACAAUACCAACAUCACUGGCCCAGAAUCUUUCCUGUGCUAGGUUGUAAAUAUAAAUAAAUUACUUGUUUUGUAAACUUUUGUAAAGAAUAUUUUGGUAGAAAUACUUAAAACAUAUUCUUUGGGUUAUAUUUAUACAUAUGUGAAAUAAAUAUACUAUCAAAAGGUUAUAUUUUAUACAAAAAGUAAAUUGCUACCUUUUGUAUGCUAAUAUGCAAAGUUUUGUAUAAUAUGAUGGUUUAUUUUUAGCUCUACACUUAAACCAUAGGUGGUUGAGUGGGAACUUUUGAAAACUAUCAAGAGGCUUGUUAGACAAAUUUAUAUUCUGAAACCUCAAUAAGAAAGCAUUCCAGGUUUCAAUCCUUGUUUUUUGUCCUGCUCCCAAAUUCUUUUUUAAACCCAUAGUUCUUGUGUCUUAUUUGGUUCUUCUGCUGUGCACAUUGUAUUGGUCCUUGUUGCAUGUAGUCUACUGUGUGUUUUCCCAUUUUAUAAGGCAGCAUUUCUCCAUACAAAAAGAAAAAAAAUGAUGUACAUAUAAACGCUUUUAUUGUAUGGCUCCUCCAUGUUACUGUAUAUAUCUGCCAGCACUUCCCAGUUACACUCCUGUGAGUCGGCUUAUUUUUACCCUAACAUAAAUAGUAUGUUUUGUAGUAGUUAUCAAAUUUAAGAGAUAAAGCAAUCAGAAUGUUUGGAUUUUCUUCUAUCUUAAUGUGAAUUUCAUAAUUAAUGUCUAUUUAUUCAGCUAUUCAUUAAAAUACAGGAUUCUUUGGGAAAA